AUGACGGGAGAGCAAUCAGAGAGAAUACCACUGCUCGUGCUCUUCGGUUCGCAGACUGGGAGUGCUCAGGAUGUGGCUGAGAGGAUUGGCAGAGAGGCGAAGCUGAGACAGUACGCACCAAGAGUCAUGGCCAUGGACGCCUUUGAUGUCAGGCUUCUGCCAGAGGAGUCACUGGUGAUCUUUGUGACUUCAACAACCGGCCAGGGAGAGCUGCCAUCCAACAUGAAGCAGUCCUGGCGUUUCCUGCUGAGGAAAAACUUGCCAGCCGACUCUCUGGCCGGCCUCGCGCAUGCUGUCUUUGGUCUGGGCGACUCAGGCUAUGUGCAGUACAACGUGGUUGCCAAGAAGCUGACGAGGCGGCUGGCAGCACUGGGCGGCCGGGCAGUCAUCGAGCAGGGCUUGGGAGAUGAUCAGCACCCUCACGGCUAUGAGGCUGCACUGGACCCCUGGCUUGCCUGCCUGUGGGCCGCCCUGCGCACAGAAUAUCCCCUGCCCCCUGGCGCGGGGUAUGGCCCCUGGCGCCCCUACAUGGCGAGAGUGUUGAAGAACGAGCGGAUAACAGCGGAGGAUCACUUCCAGGACACGCGCCACAUAGAGGUGGAUCUGGGCGACUCUGGCCUGGCCUACCAGCCGGGCGACCUGCUGGCAGUGUUCCCACAGCAGCGGGAGUCGGCCCUGCAGGACUUCCUGCACCGCACGCGCCUCGACCCGGAUGACUGGGUCCGCAUACAGCCGGCCGACCCAGCUGCCAGGGUGGCCAGCGCCGAUGUUGAGGUGAGGGUUGCUGCGCUGGUGGCGGGUGUGAUGGAUGUGGCGGGGGCGUCCCCGCGCCGCUUCUUCUUCGAGGUGCUGCGCUGCUUCACGCGCGACCGCGCCCAGGCGGAGCGGCUGGCAUACUUCGCGUCCCCGGCCGGCCGCGAGGACCUCAGCAAGUAUAACGAGCGCGAAGGGCGGACGGCGCUGGAGGUUCUGCAGGACUUUGAGGAUGCGACGCCGCCGCUGGAGUGGCUGCUGCAGGCCAUGCCGCGCCUCAAGCCGCGCUACUUCUCCAUCGCAUCGUCUCCCCGCGCCCACCCCGGCCAGGCACACAUCACCGCUGCCGUGGUGGAGUAUGCCACGCCCCACCGGCGACGCAAACUCGGUGUCGCCACCUCCUGGCUUGCUGGCCUGCAGCCAGGCUCCCCUGAAGCCAGGGUGCCGGUGUGGGUGGAGCCGGGCGUGAUGCGGCCGCCGGACUCAGACAGGCCGAUGGUUCUGAUCGGACCAGGCACGGGCGUGGCGCCCUUCCGAGCCUUCCUCGAGGACCGCCUCGCAGCCUCGGCCCAAGAGGGUGCCGCCCCGGUGGCACCGAGCUACCUGUACUUUGGCUGCCGUAACGAGGCCAAGGACUUCUACUACCGUUCCUUCUGGGAGCUGUCCCAGCGCUCGGGCGUUCUGGCCGACCCAGGCGGCCUGGUGACGGCGUUCUCGCGCGACCAAGCCUCCAAGGUGUAUGUGUCCCACCGCGUCCGUGAGACCUCCGCCCAGCUCUGGGCAGCCCUGCAGCAGGGGGCAGUCGUCUUUGUGUGUGGCUCGGCUAAGAAGAUGCCGCAGGACAUUGCAGCAGCGUUUGAGAGGGUGUGCAUGCAAGAAGGGGGCAUGACAAAGGCAGAAGCAGCUAAAUAUAUGAAGCAGCUCGAGAUGAAGGGGCGCUAUAUUGUGGAAGCGUGGUCAUGA